AUGGGUAGAAGUGUGGGCUUGAGGGAUAUGGCCUUUUGGUGCACGAACCUAGACCUGAAAGAUAAUAACAUCUUGCUAGACAGUGACAUGAAUCCAAAGAUAUCAGACUUCGGUAUAGCAAGAAGUUAUGAAGAGGUGGAGGAUGAAGCCAUGACAAACCGAGUUAUGGGAACAUAUGGGUACCUCUCACCAGAAUAUGCGUUGUACGGGCUAUACUCAGUAAAAUCAGAUGUCUUUAGUUUUGGUACCUUAGUAUUGGAAAUUGUGAGUGGGAAAAGCAACAGAAGAUUCUGUCCUCCAGGCCAUAACCUUGAUUUACGUGGACAUGCAUGGGAACUCUACAAAGAAGGAAGUUCAAUAGAACUACUUGAUAAACGCCUAGGUGAUUCGUGUUCUACACCUCAUGAAGUGCAUAAUGUGGCUAAGCUUCCAUUGUUAAAUAUUAGAGUUAACCCUUCUUCUCAAAUGAUCUGUAUGUUAAUGGCUGCAUUAGAGAUAGUGGAGAUAGUGCAAAAUCCAAAUGUGGAGUCUAAACAGUUCAGGUCAGUCUCAAGGAAAGUCCAACGAUGCUUUGGCGCUACAGAUACCAUAACUACAACCCAUUUUCUGAAAGAUGGUGAUACCAAUAUUACUUCACCUGAUGGAACCUUCGAAAUAGGGUUCUUCAGUCCAGGUGAAACUUCUUCGGAAGACACUCCCCUGCAAAGUAAAAGGGGGUCCGGGGAAGCGGCUGCUGUUGGAGCCGAUCAAAGAACCGUCCCAAUGCCGGAGAGCAAGGCCCCCGUAGGCCCUCAUCCGCCUCCCGAGCAUAAGCCUGCUAAAACUGCAGAGCCCCCGGCCCUGGCCGAACACAUUGGGGAUGCUCCAAGCUCAUCUACCCCGGCUCCGCGGGUCGAUAAUUUCGAUGAUAUGUUCUCGAGCACUCCCCCUGCUACCGGCGAAGCUUCGGGCUUUGGUCAUAUCCCUAUUCCUCGGGCCAUGAGGCCAGCUAACAGGAUCUCCGAGUCUGGUGCCAGGGAUAGCUUGGAUUUUGAUUUUUUGAUGUAA